AUGAAGUCUUCAUUUCCUGUUCUUGCUCUCGCAGGAGUUGCAGCCGCUCAAGUACCAAUCUGGGGUCAAUGUGGGGGUAUAGGUUUCAGCGGCUCCACCGUUUGUGUUUCUGGGAACACCUGCGUGUUUGUAAAUGACUGGUACUCCCAAUGUCAAGUUGGCGGUGGUAGUGUCGCGGUGCCAACGACAACAGCAACGGCCCCGGGAACAACCCCUACGGGUGGCUCAACAGGAGCCUUUCGAUUCCUCGGACGUGUGAAUCCAGCAACCAAGGAGUUGACAUGGCCAGGCACCGGUAUAUCGUUCACCUUUACAGGAUCGUCGGCCUCAAUUCAACUCACGUCCGUGACUGGCACGAACAGCGUGGACUUGAUCAUCGAUGGCGGAAAGCCAACAGUCAUCUCAAACGUUGCAGGUACUUCGAUCUCCACACCAGCUGGAUUGUCAAAUGGCAAACAUGUUGUCGUCUUGCGAAAACGCUCCGAAUCCCUCUACGGCACCAUCGUUAUUGGAGGUGUCACCACUGACGGCACUAUCGGCGCGGAUGUGGCUCCAACUCGACGGAUUGAGAUCAUUGGCGACUCAAUCUCAGUUGGCUACGGCCUCGACGGCACAAACCCUUGUACUAAUACUGCAGCUGUUGAAAACAACCCAAAGACUUACGGCGCUCUUGCCGCCGAGCAACUCGGAGCAGAUUAUAGCGUCGUUGCCUGGAGCGGCAAGGGCCUGACGCGCAAUAUCGGCAAUGAUGAUGCCAUCAUAAUGCCAAUACUAUACACCCGCUACGGUGCCAACGAUGCCGAUAAUAGCUAUACAUUCCCUGCCGCUUCUGCCCCAGACGCCAUUGUUAUCAACCUCGGCACCAACGACUUUAACUAUCUGGGCAGUCGGGAUCCCAUCAACGCCGCUACAUUCACAGCCGGCAUGGUCGGGUUUGUUAAGAACAUUCGGACGCACUAUCCGAAUGCCAACUAUUUCCUGAUGACCUCCCCGAUGCUCAGCGACGGCUAUCCCACGGCGGCUGAUGCGCAGCAUACCACCCUGUCCAACGCUGUCAAGGCUGCCAUCACUCAGCUCGGAGGGAAGGUUCAGCUAGUUGACUGGCCCACGCAGGGAUCAGAUGUUGGGUGCGACUAUCAUCCUAACGCCGCUACGAACGCAGCCGAAGCCCCCGUCCUAGCUGCGGCUAUUAAGGCGGCGCUGAAGUGGUAAGGCAGUAAUGUACGAAGGAGGUAUGCGAGGAACUGUAUAUAAAGUACAUAGUAGGUGAUGAAAGUAUAUAUCAAGGCGAG